GGCGGCCGCCGCGGAGCCCUCGGAGGCGUGCGUGCGUGUGUGCGAGUCCGCGCCAGCCAGCGUGAGUGUGUGUGCGCCCCGGGCGCGGGCUGGGCGGCACUCCGACCGCGGCGGGAGACCGGCGGCCGCGUCGUCACUCGGGCGAGAGCGGCGGCGGCGGCAGCAGCGGCCGGGCCGGGGCCGGGGCUGGGUAGCGGCGGCCGCGCCGGGCAUGGAGCUGGCAAGCCCGCGCUGAGGCAGGACGCGUCUGCUAGCGGCGAGGGAGAGCCUCCCGCUGUCCGGCGUGCGGGCUCCCUGGCCAGUGCCCGGCAAACUUUUCUUUCUCUUUUGCCCUUUCCAGAGGCGCCUUCUGCGGCGGGCGGACCCACUCCUCGGCGCGGCGGGGCCGGGGCAAGCUGGACGCAGCAUGAUGCGCGCCGUGUGGGAGGCGCUGGCGGCGCUGGCGACCGUGGCGUGCCUGGUGGGCGCGGUGCGCGGCGGGCCCGGGCUCAGCAUGUUCGCGGGCCAGGCGGCGCAGCCCGACCCCUGUUCGGACGAGAACGGCCACCCCCGCCGCUGCAUCCCUGACUUUGUCAACGCGGCCUUCGGCAAGGACGUGCGCGUGUCCAGCACCUGCGGCCGGCCCCCGGCGCGCUACUGCGUGGUGAGCGAGCGCGGCGAAGAGCGGCUGCGCUCCUGCCACCUCUGCAACGCGUCGGAUCCCAAGAAGGCGCACCCGCCCGCCUUCCUCACCGACCUCAACAAUCCGCACAACCUGACGUGCUGGCAGUCCGAGAACUACCUGCAGUUCCCGCACAACGUCACGCUCACGCUGUCGCUGGGCAAGAAGUUCGAGGUGACUUACGUGAGCCUCCAGUUCUGCUCGCCACGGCCCGAGUCCAUGGCCAUCUACAAGUCCAUGGACUACGGGCGCACGUGGGUGCCCUUCCAGUACUACUCCACGCAGUGCCGCAAGAUGUACAACCGGCCGCACCGCGCGCCCAUCACCAAGCAGAAUGAGCAGGAGGCCGUCUGCACGGACUCGCACACGGACAUGCGCCCGCUCUCCGGCGGCCUCAUCGCCUUCAGCACGCUGGACGGGCGGCCCUCGGCGCACGACUUCGACAACUCGCCGGUGCUGCAGGACUGGGUCACGGCCACCGACAUCCGAGUGGCUUUUAGCCGCCUGCACACGUUCGGCGACGAGAAUGAGGACGACUCGGAGCUGGCGCGGGACUCCUACUUCUAUGCAGUGUCCGACCUGCAGGUGGGCGGCCGCUGCAAGUGCAACGGACACGCGGCCCGCUGCGUGCGCGACCGCGACGACAGCCUGGUGUGCGAUUGCAGGCACAACACGGCGGGUCCCGAGUGCGACCGCUGCAAGCCCUUCCACUACGAUCGGCCCUGGCAACGCGCCACCGCCCGCGAGGCCAACGAGUGCGUGGCCUGCAGCUGCAACCUGCACGCCCGGCGCUGCCGCUUCAACAUGGAGCUCUACAAGCUGUCGGGGCGCAAGAGCGGGGGUGUCUGCCUCAACUGCCGCCACAACACGGCCGGCCGCCACUGCCACUACUGCAAGGAGGGCUACUACCGCGACAUGGGCAAGCCCAUCACCCACCGGAAGGCCUGCAAAGCCUGCGAUUGCCACCCCGUGGGCGCUGCUGGCAAAACCUGCAACCAAACCACCGGCCAGUGUCCCUGCAAGGACGGCGUGACCGGCAUCACCUGCAACCGCUGCGCCAAAGGCUACCAGCAGAGCCGCUCGCCCAUCGCCCCCUGCAUAAAGAUCCCCGUGGCGCCACCCACCACUGCAGCCAGCAGCGUGGAGGAGCCAGAAGACUGUGAUUCCUACUGCAAGGCCUCCAAAGGGAAGCUGAAGAUCAACAUGAAAAAGUACUGCAAGAAGGACUAUGCCGUCCAGAUCCACAUCCUGAAGGCCGACAAGGCGGGGGACUGGUGGAAGUUCACCGUGAGCAUCAUCUCCGUGUACAAGCAGGGCGCGAGCCGCAUCCGGCGCGGUGACCAGAGCCUGUGGAUCCGCUCGCGGGACAUCGCUUGCAAGUGCCCCAAGAUCAAGCCCCUCAAGAAGUACCUGCUGCUGGGCAACGCGGAGGACUCGCCGGACCAGAGCGGCAUCGUGGCCGACAAGAGCAGCCUGGUGAUCCAGUGGCGGGACACGUGGGCGCGGCGGCUGCGCAAGUUCCAGCAGCGCGAGAAGAAGGGCAAGUGCAAGAAGGCCUAGCGCGGAGGCAGCGGGUGGGCGGGCCGGGCGGCACCGCAGCUGCCCGGAGCCCCGAGGGCUUUCCCAGGUGGGGGGCGGGGGGCGGGGCUUCGGCGGGGGCGGGGCCUCGGCGGGGGCGGGGCCUCGGCGGCGCCUCUCCUGGCGGCCCCGCCCCUCGCCCCACUCGACGCGCCCCUGGCGGAGCCGCACGCGGGGGAGGGGUGCAGGCCAGGCCAGGCCCUGGAGAAAUGAGGACGAGACUUAGCUACCUCACGGGCUCCUUCCCGAGCAGGGACGCGCUUCCCUGGGGCCAGGCGGGUCGCCGCGGCGGGGGCGGGGCAGCCCGAUCUGGGCCCCUGGGCCUGACACGGAACGCGCGCUGGUGGAGCCGCACCUGCGGCUGGCGUACCGUUAUGGAGAAGGGGACGUGAGGAGGAGAACUGUGAAUUCUCAGGCCCCCAGUUGGGCCAGGGGCUGAGCGAGCCCGGCCAAACCAUCACCCAAACGUAAAAGACUGAAAAUCCCCCCCUUUUCCCUGACCCCUCUUUGUCACAGGACCCCCUGGUUGGGACAACUUGGGCCCCAUCUGAAGGGGCCAGACAGGCAUUUGGGGGCAGCAGGGCUCCCCAUGCAGGCGGUGGUCCGUUGCCACCUGCUGCACUGGUCCUCCUGGGUGGGGCGAAGCAGGAACCCUUGCUGCCGCCCGCCCCCUCCCCCCCCCCCCCCCCCCCGGGUUUAGGUGCAGCCCAGGAUUCUGGCCCAGGCAGAGGGCUGUGGACCCAAAGACACCCCUGAGAAGCUCCAGCCGGGUGGUCAUGCCUCACUGAGCUGCCUGCCGGAGGAGGCACUGGGAAGGCACAACCUCCCAGAGAGUUUCCUCUUUGGAAACUUGGAACCAGCCCCUUUAUGACAUUUUCCAGGGGAGGGGACGGGCUCGGGCUGGGUUUAUGGCAGUGACACUAUUUGUGUAAUGACAUCAGCUCCCACCAGGCCCCUCAGCAGUGUUUGCAGCUGGGAAGGGCCUGGAUGGGUAUGGAAUGCAGGCUGCAAAGGCGGUUACGCCGGCUGGGGGAAGGGGCUGGCCGAGUCAGGACCGGGUCUGUUGGCUCAGCAGGGCACAGUGUGCCCGCGCCAUGGGCAGGCAAGGCCAGGAAUGACCAGGUUCGGGGAACCGCGGAAACCAUGACCACUUCCCGCUGCUGCCCUCACUCCUGGCUCCCAGGGGCAGCGGCUACUGGGCCGAGAAAGCCUGCUGAGCUACCCAGCUGCCUGCACCUGUCUUGGUCUACCCCAGGCAGAGCCUUGCCAGCCCUUCCCGGCUGUCCCCUUUGUGCCCUCCCCUUUCCAAGGCUCAGAGACACUGCCUUCAAGCAGGCAGCCCCCACAGGGCCUGUUCCUAUGCCCGGGGCCCACGGUCUCCCUUCCCGAGCUCUCGGCACCUGGCGCAGAGUUAGCGGCCUGGCUUCCUCCUCACUCAGGACACUGGCUUCACUCUCCUUCGAGUUCGCCUGCUCAGAAGGGUCACACGGAGUGUGAAGGCGCCCUGUGGUCCGGCCCGCGUCCGGGCUGCCGCGUAGCGAGCACCUCCCUGUGCCUGGCACUUUACCCACACACCCCCCUGUGGCCCUCACGACAGCCCCGUGAGACAGGGAUCCUUGCCCAUCUCACCAGCGGGGAAACGGAAGCACACGUGCCCAAGGCCACCAGGAAAAGCGGCAGAACUGGACUCGCAGUCCAGGGCCAGGCUUGCUGACCACGGCCCUGCUGCCCUGGCCCGCUGCGCACCAGCUCCCACAGCAGCUGCGAGGGGUGCUCCUGGGAGGUCGCCACGGAGACACUGGCCCUGGUGGCACCUGGCGAAUGGAGUGUGUGGGGUGGGCGCAGUGACAUCUUCAGAGGUGGAGCAGGGGUGGUGGGCGAGGCGCACCAACCCAAUUUGUAGGUUAAAGGCUCUGACGGGGGCCUUGGCUGAUCUAAGACACAGCAGAAAGGACAUUGGGCUGCCUGGUGGGGUGGGGUGUGUCUGGGGCGUGUGUGGAGGAUUCCAGGAGAGACUGGCUGGCAGAGGUGCCCCCGUCGGGCGAGAGGACAGAAUGGCCCUGGCGAGGGAUAUUUGUCUUCCCUGACUCCAGGCCCAAGACGGGAGCAUAGGGACCGCUCUCCUAGCAGUGAGCCCUCUGACGCCGGCGCGCUUCGCCGAGUGCCAUUAGCACCUCGCAGGCCUUGGCGUUUUGCUGGCCCACAGUCCUGUAAAGGCACUCACUGCUGGGGCUGGUCCUGUUCUGUUUACACCGGUCUGGCUUCUCUGCCUGCCUGUCCACAAGGGUGUGGCAGCCCCGCCACCUCCCACCCUGGGUCUGAGUCACCCAGGUCCAUCCGAAGGCCAGCACGGGUGGUCUCCGAGGCCCCCAGCUCUGGAGCCAGCAGCCUGCCAAGCAGUAAUACAUCUUGCUUUAAACUCUACCAGCCUCACCCUCCUGCUCUGCCCCUGAGGGCAAAGGCCACCCAAUCCACCCAGCAGCCUGGCCCCUGGGCCACGUGUCAGGGCGGCCGGAUUUGUCACCACAGGCCUCCGCACCUCACUGACCCAGCCGGAACCCAGCCCCCAACUUCAGCGGCGAGGACCCCUCCCUGAGGAAGCACCUUGUCCACCAGAGGAGAUGAAUAGGAACUGAGGUGUGCCCGUUUGUACAGUUAGGAAGGGAUGUAAAAUGAACUAGAUUUUGAUUCUGAAGAGUAUUAACCAGAAUUGUGAUAUGUAGGUAUUUGAAGAAAAACACCAGAUUAGUCCUUUUUUGUUUUAAAAGAUUCCCCACUUGUCCUUUUUCUUACCUGCUGGGUGGUCUGGAGCCCCUGACAGCGGAGUGGCUGCUUUACUGAGCAUAGUAAAGAGGACGGGGUGGAGGGAGGGGGACACGGCACGGGCUGCCCGGGACUCACCUGCAGCCCUGCUUCUGUCCUGGGCAGGGCGGAGGCAGCCCCGCAGGUCCUGGGAAAUGGGCGGGAGGCUGUGAGCUGCCCCCAGUGACCUGGAAUUCCGUCUCCACAGUAGCGCGCAGGAAAUGGGUAUCAACUUUCUUGGGUUGGCCCCAGGUUGGAAUGAGACCGAAAUCGAGAAGAUUCUGAGCGAUCAGGAAAUGAUCCCUCCAGGAAACUGAAAAACAUUGGGACCUCAAUGCUCAAAGGAAGCGCCCCUAUCACACCCCACGAGAGACUGAGAAUAGACAACUAGACUCACCGGUGGGGGUCCUGGGCCAUGGUUCAGCCACAGACAUGCCAUACCCCAGGGGCAUCACAGUGUGUACUGAGGCCUCGCCUCUGCCACCCCAGCCAGCCCACUCCUCCUCAUUCGCCAUCCCCCCCCCCCCCACUCCUGGGUGCACUACCCCCCACCCCCGCGUUCCGGAAUUCUGUUCACUCAGAAUGGUAAAUGUUUAGUUGUGACCAUGACAUUGGGUCAGUGCUCCUUUCCAAUGCAUACUAAUAUAUUAUGGUUAUUAUAUAUGAAUAUAUUUAAUGACAUGGAAAAAGUUGUGGAUUUUUUAAAGUUUUUUUUGUUUGUUUAGAGUUGUAAUGGACCCAGAUGGAACUUGUAACGUGGGCCCCACAUGAUAGAACUAAAUGCAGAUAUCAAUUAAAUAAACUCUUGUACACUGUU